UUUGUGUGAUGAGAGCAAUACUUCAUAUUUAUGCUAUCAAAUCUGCAGAGAAAAGUGAUUUUGAGAGAGAAGAAAACCAACUCUGCUCUUGCUGUGUGAGCAAUUUAAAUCCACAGUGAAAAUACAACAUUGAUCAGAUUACUCCAAUUGAGUCAUUUAGUACUUUGGCAUUCCUGAAGUUAGGGCCCAGCUGUGAAAUCAUAGUUGGGGCCAAACAUUGCUGUUAGGUGAGUGCACAUGGCUCCCAUUUUCUUCAAAGGGAAUGACACACAUGGCCAAUGUUUAGCUUUCACCUCUUCCAUUCUUUAGUUAGCAAAGCCAGAACCAGUGGAGUAUAUGCAGGCAAUUUAACAGAAUUAAGAAUACAAUCAAGAUUUUCCAGGACUUACUAGUGAUUUGGGAUAUAUAAUUCAAUACACAUCAAAACACAGAUGCUCAGCAUAUUCUGAAAACCAGGCCAUCUCGAAUGUCUUGCUUUAAGCAGGUAAAAUCAUAAAUUACUCUGAGUAUUUUGGCCAUUGGAUCCUAGCAAACUGGGUGUAGGAUACCUCUUCAAAAUUAUAAACUCCAAGUUCUGGCUUGGCUGGGAUGCCUGGGAGAAUUACAACCUCCCAAACCAUUUUUGUUCCUGCCAUUACCACUUGAUCACAGUGCAGGUGCCCUUCUGCAGCAGGUGACCCCCAGGGAAAAUCCAGGUCCUGGCUCUGCAGGUCCCCUGGGAUGCACUGAGCUGCUGGGAUGGCCCACAAGACCUCAGAGCUUAAGUGCCAUGGAGAGAAAAAAAGGAUGCAUCCCAAAAAUCCAGCUGCCCCAUGCUGCAUGCAGAUCUUCAUUUCAACUCAAGGUCAAGUGGAAAACUUUUCUACCAUCCUUGCUGACUCUCCUCUUCACUUUCUCCUGACUCCAUCUGUUCCUCACCCAUCUCCUUCGUUCCGCACUCGCCUCCCUCUUCUUCCUGUGUCCAUCUGUUCCCUCCUUCCUCGACACAAGUUGGGGAAGGGAAGUAAAUUCAGUCAUUCACUGAACAGAUUUCAAGAUGAACCCCCUCCCUCUCCAGUUCUAACUUCAUUCAUCACGGUAAAAAUUAUAAUGAAUAGAAAUGUUGAAGGUGAAAAUUUAUUAGGGAUUGUGUUGCUUUCUUAUAUGAAAAGCAGUUAAAGCGGCAUAUAAACAUUGGCUUCAUUCAUUUUUUCUUAAUAUAUGGUAUAAUUAGUGAGAAAUAUUAGUGGAAGUGCUUGCUAUGCAGUCCAUCAACACAUGCCUGUCAGAGCUUAGGAUCUGGGCCAAAAGUUUUUGCCAGUCCUGUGAUAGAUUUACAAUAAGCCUAUAGAAGGCUUUACAGUUAGCUGGGUCACUAAUUCAUGAAGUUAAAACGUAUGCAAUGAGGUCAAAAAUUCACUAUUGAUAAAACACCCCCUCCCGGGAUUGCACCAUUAGCUUUGUUACUGCAACAGCAAAAUAAAGUAAACCCAAAGCUCCCGUGAAUUACCAGUCCAUCAUUGUAAAUCAGCAGCGAAACACUUGCACGAGUUCAUGAUGUCAUCUGAAGCCAGGGAUAUAUUUAUAGCCUUGUGUACUAUUUCCUGUUUCCUUAUGACAAAAAUAAACAGUCUCCAAAUCCCCUGCAUCCUUCUGCCUGAGCUCAGCAAAAUGUAAUGGGCACGAAUCCCUGAAAGCCCCCGUGAUGUAUUGGUCUAGAGCAGCUCCCUCCUGAAGGGCCACGAGCCCGUGCUCCCUCCAGCCUCUCCCAUCUGGGCCACAGCAGCUCCCAUGGGCUCCAUCUGCUGCCCUUGCUGCUGGGAUAGCCCCACACCCCUCCUACUUUGCCUCCCUGACACUUGGAGAGAGAAGGAAAGAAGAUUUAAGCCGCCAAGCCUUAGGCAUUAACAGCCUGGAGGCGCAUCCGAGCUGGAGGAGCUCAGCAUUGCUCUCGUGGGCUUGCCACCACAGGGACAUUGGGCAUCCUGUCACAAAGACUGCCAAGCCAUGAAGGUUGGAGUUUGGGCUUAAAUGUCCUCUCUCCUCUUUGCUGAUGGUUUGGGAUCCUUAUCUAAGGUUUCUCUGGUGUUUGGGCAUGGAUGAUGCCCCACAUUUCAUCUCAGACCUCCCAGCUCUCAAAUGUCCUGUACCUACCUGAAUUUCUGUGUCUGCUGGUGAUCCCCUUCAGCUCUUCUUGGGUGAAGCUUUCUCUCUUGGCUGUUUGUUUUAUGUUUUGCUUCCUUUCCUGAAACAAGACAGAGGGUAACACAAACAACUCACCAUGCUGUGUAGCCUCCCUCUGCAAGAAGGCACACUUGCUUCUGUUUGACCUCAGAGCAGCAACUCCUGAGUCAAUGACUGUCACUAAGUGGCUGAGAGUGAUAAAUGUGAUUUGGCACAGCUAUUUGACACUUAUCCCUCUUCAAUUUUGUUUUCCUCUCCACCAAGACCGCCGCACCAGCUCCCUGCCUCUGCUGGCCCUCCCUGGGGUGACCCCGAGCAGUGACGACCACCCAGAUAACCAGCUUACAAAUGAAAAACACACAGAUGAAAAGCCCAUGAAAGGUAUUGUUAUGAGUUCUGUCGCAGAAUUCAGCAUCACAGACGCUUCAUCAAAGGGCACCAAAAAUGAGAAGAAAUUGUCAGAUGCAAGCAGAUCGUCCAUUGCUUCCCUGGAGAAAUGCAGAGAAUUCACUUACAUUGAAGAUGAUGCAUCAGUACAUCAGAGAGACAGUGACGAUGAAUGUGCAACACUUAUCCUGGCCUGCUUGUUCUGCCAAUUUUGGGACUUUCUUAUAAUGCUGCCUGAUACCUGUGAACAUUGGCUGACAGAUACCUGUUGUCCAUCCAAUAGAUAUUACCAGACCUCCGAUGAAGACCACGGCAACAACGACUGCAACUGUGACUGUGACAUUGAUUGCAGCCUCUUUGAGUCCUGCCACGAGACUGGGGAGUGCCUGGAGCUCGCCAUGGAGAUUUCAGAAGUCUGCUAUCGCUAAUAGGAAAAUUACUGACAAAAUUCCUCAAAACUACCUGACAGAUUACAAAAGGAGAUUUUUUUUUUUUUUUAAUAUUAAUCAUAACCAAAGGUUUUGCCAAUGAGGACUAUGUGCAUCUUGUUGCUCCCUCCCUGGAGGUCUCUCUAUCUGUACCAUUCUGGUCUCAUGAUAUCACAAACUGCUGAAACCAAUAAAGGACAAAAAAGGGGCUU